UCUCUUCUGGGCCGGUCUGAUCGCUCUGGGGAGAGGACUGGUGUUCACUUCCGUAGUUCCGUUCCGUCGACGGCUCGACGCCUUCACUCCUCCGGGCGAUCCAGCGGAGCCGCCGCCGCCGCCCGCCGGAAUGGAGCCGGAGCCCGAUCAGCCAAAGGUAGCCGCCGGUGGGGGCCACCGCAAGCACCUCGCCAUGCUCGAGCGCCUCUCCAAGCGCUCCUCCUCCUCGGCCGGCGCCCCACCCUCGGAUUCCUCUGACGCCUCCCCCGUCGAGGCCUUCCUUUCCCGCUUCGCCGGCGCCAAGCUCGCUGCGGAGUCAGCACUCUCCGCCUGCCGCUCCGACGACGCAACCGCAUCUCUGGCGGCUGCUGCGGCCGCCAUCGAUAACAUCGAUCGCCUCAUCGCCGAGGCGUCCCACGCGCUGCCCCCCUACGAGCUGCGCGCCGCCCUCGCCACCGCCGCCGACCUCCGCGCGGCACACAGGGUCGCCGCCUCUGAGCUCCGUCCCAAGAAGUCCUUCUCCUUCAGGAACAAGAGCAGGAAUCUCAAGAACCCGCCUCAGGAUCAUGUCACCGCAUCGCCACCGCAGCAACCUCCUCCGGAGCAGCCGAAGCCUAGUCUGGACGCGAUCCUACCAGGGUUCGGGUUCCGGGGCAAAAACGGCGCCACCUUUGUGAAGGAUCUGCGAGUCUCCAACGACAAGGAUGGGGAUUUCACGCUCGCGGAUUUGGUUUCCUGCGAGGUCUAUCUGAAGGGCAAAUGCCGAGCUCUGUACAUCCACAAGCUGAGAGAUUGCCGUGUGUUUGUUGGAGCUGUUCUUGGUUCUGUGCUUAUAGAGGACGUCCAAGGCUGUAUAUUUGUGAUGGCAGCACACCAGAUCAGGAUUCAUGAGGCGAGGGUGACGGAUUUCUACUUGCGGGUGAGGAGCAGGCCUAUCAUUGAGGAUUGCAGUGGUGUAAGAUUUGCACCAUAUGUUUUGAAUUAUGAAGGGAUUGAAGAAGAUUUGAAGGACUCUGGACUUCAGGAGGAGACCGGUAAUUGGGCUAAUGUGGAUGACUUCAAGUGGCUCAAGGCAAUGCAGUCACCAAAUUGGUGUUUGGUUCCAGAGGAAGAACGGUUGCAGACUGUCAACAUUUCGGAGUUUCAUGAACAGGAGGAUGAUAGCUGACCUGCUUUGGCAGGAUUGCUGUCAGCUCUCAUUUUGGUUUGCUUCUAUGGAUUCAUUAGUUUAUUUAGUAUGAACACAAUUGUUAUUUCAUCGUGUUAGUGACAUUUGAUCAUGUUAUUGUCACUUAAUUCUAUCUAUGAUCAUAUUAGUGUAGACAACAUGGAGUGACACUUGUUUUUAUACUAAAUAUGAUCAAGUAUGAGGUGGUUACAUGUUGUCAAAUUCAGUUGAAAUUCCAUGUAGUUCGGUUUGUCAACAUAGCCUAAUUAUAGUA